GGAUUUGAUAGUGGAAAUAUUUCGACCAAACACAGCGUUGCAAUAUGGAAAAAUCGACGAUCUAAAGCGCGUAAAAUCGAGUCAAUAUCGACCCUUCAAGGCGUUGAAAAAUAUCGACUAUCAAAAUUUCGUCCCUUAAUGUAAGCGUCGAUAGUAAAAUUUUCGAAGCUCUAAGGCGUCGAUAUAUGCCCGAAAAAGCGUCUGAAAGUGCAGUGUUUUCCCCUUUCCCGUAGUGUGGCUUUCAAUGGAACAUGUGAAAUGCCUAAAACAGAAGGCAGGUUGUGGAGUCAUCACAGGUCAGCUGAAGAGAUUAUUUAGGUGAUGAUCCUAGCAUUGCAGCUGAUUGUAAGAGAGAAGGGGAAGAGCCACGAAAAAGAGUGCGGAUGACGUCCCAGAGUCUUUCAAGCUAACCAAGAAGGAAAGAGAGAAGCUCAUCAAAGAAUUGUUCAAGUGCUUUCUGAGUAAGUUUCUGAAAGGGUUGAAGGACGUAAAAGAAGCACAUGAUGAUUGAUGGCUUUCUUUCCGUUGUAUGUUCUAAGUUGUUUGUGUUUUGUUCUCAUUUGCCACAGAUGGUUUCCGAAUCUCAGUUCCAAGUCAUUGAGAUCAUUGGAGAACACACCUCACAGCUUGAGUCUGAGAAGAAGAAGCUCUUUAAAAGGUCAACCUUAAACUUAUGGAAGAAUGUGCUGUUGCCUCCGAGUGUGGUAAGGAGCCUCCACCUCCCCUUGAGGAGUCUAAUGUUGAGAGUGAGGAGAAAACUGAUGACGAAAAGGAUCAAGAGAUGACCAGCAGUGACGAUGGGACUGUUAGUUAAUCUUAACCUCCCUAUGAUUUUGUGGUUGUUUUUCGGCAUUCACAUUUUUGGCUUGCUUGUGUUGUCCAACUUUGAUAUCUUUCUUUCUAUGUAUAUUUUGUCAAACAUAGGUUUGGAUGUAGUUGUGAUUUGUCAAGUGGCGCAUUUUGAAUCUUCUUCAACAGCUAAACGUGAAUCAUUAUUGAUUAUUGCAUCCAUCUUAAAAUUGACUUUGAAUUAAACAAUCCAUAUUUCAACAGCUAAACAUGAAUUGUUGCAUACGUCUUACAAUUGACUUCUGAUUAAAAAACCAUAUUUCAACGACUAAACUCUCUAUCAAAAGAACCAACCUUUUCUCAUCACAAAAUGUCAAACUUCAACUAAAUUCACAUUAGUAAGCUUGUAAAUUAAUUCAUCAAUGGAGGGAUUAGUUCGUUGCUCCGCUAAUUACGUUCCACUCUCUCCAAUAAGCUUUUUGGAGCGAGCAGCACUUGUUUACAGAGAUCAACUUUCUGUUGUUUAUGGAAAUGUCAAGUAUACAUGGAGAGAGACUCUGAUUAGGUGCACUAAGCUCGCUUCUGCUCUCAGCCACUUAGCCAUUUCUUAUGGUGAUGUCGUUGCUGCUCUGAUCCCUAACACUCCAGCAAUGUAUGAGUUGCAUUUUGCAGUUCCAAUGGCAGGAGCAGUCCUUUGCUCCUUGAAUAUCCGUCAUGACUCUGCUAUGUUGUCUGUUUUGCUACAACAUUCAAAGGCAAAAUUCAUCUUUGUAGAUUAUCAGUUUUUUGAUACAGUAUGUGGAGCAUUGGAUAUUAUGUCCAAAUCAAGCUCAAGUCUUCCUAACAUGGUCCUAGUUCUCAAUGAACAGUUGAUGUCUGUUGGAAAUGCUAUGCCCUCUUCUAGAAUCUUUGAAUAUGAGAAUCUUUUAGCUACAGGAAAUCCUGAAUGUGAGAUCCGAAGACCAAAAGAUGAAUGGGACCCAAUUGCAUUGAAUUAUACUUCAGGGACAACUUCGAGCCCUAAAGGUGUAGUGUACAGCCACAGAGGUGCAUAUCUGAACUCGUUGGCUACAGUUCUAGUAAAUGAAAUGCUUACAAGGCCUGUAUUUCUGUGGACUGUCCCUAUGUUUCAUUGCAAUGAUUGGUGUUUUACAUGGGGUGUAGCAGCUCAAGGUGGAACAAAUGUUUGCCUGCGUAAUGUUAUAGCAAAGGAUAUAUUCAGUAAGAUUGCUGAUCAUAAAGUUACACAUAUGGGUGGUGCCCCAACGGUACUUAACAUGAUUGUAAACUCUCCAAAUGAUGAUAAGAAGCCUCUUCCUGGAAAGGUGGUAGCAAUAACAGGUGGUGCUCCACCUACCCCUCAAGUACUCUUUAAAAUGGAGGAACUUGGGUUUGCAGUGAUACACGGAUAUGGGCUAACAGAAGCCUACGGUCCAGCUACAGUUUGUGUUUGGAAGCCUGAGUGGGAUACUUUACCUCCGAAUGAGAGAGCAAAAAUCAAGGCCCGACAAGGAGUACUCCUUCUCGGGCUUGAGGAAGUAGAUGUAAAAGAUCCUGUUACUAUGAAAAGUGUGCCUGCUAAUGCAAAGACAAUGGGUGAGGUUAUGCUCAGAGGAAAUACGAUUAUGAAUGGAUAUUUGAAAGAUGAGAAGGCUACUCGGGAAGCUUUUAAGGAUGGAUGGUAUCAUAGUGGGGACUUAGGGGUUAAGUACCCUGAUGGUUAUAUUCAGAUAAAAGACAGAGCAAAAGAUAUAAUAAUAUCUGGAGGAGAGAACAUUAGCUCAAUUGAGAUUGAAUCUGUAAUAGCUAGUCACCCGGCUGUUCUAGAAGUAGCUGUUGUGGCUCGUCCUGAUGAUCACUGGGGUGAGACACCCUGCGCGUUUAUUAAGCUCAAGGAUGGUAUUAGCAGUGCUGAUGUUACUGAUGUAGAUAUAAUGAAGUUCUGUAGGGAUCGCUUACCUCACUAUAUGGCACCUCGUACAGUUGUUUUUGAGGAUCUGCAACAGACUAUAACUGGCAAAGCGCAGAAAUACAAACUCAGGGAGAAGACGAAGGCCAUGGGCAGUCUUAACAAAACCAGCAAACUUUAAGACUAAUUUAAUUACUUCUCCAAGUUCUUUGUUACUACUAUCUUUCUUCAUGCUUUCUGCAAGUCCCUUUUUUUUGUACUGAUGUCCAACUUUUCUGUGAAAUCUAAGAAACAAUAUUGUUCUGCUGUUCUUCAUCAUCGAAAAAAUUUCUACUCAACAGUGUAUGAUUGUAAUUUUCUUGUUCUUUCUUAUUAAAGGACACUGUGUA